AUGAGCACUGAGCGGCUCGAAAAGCUCAUUAAUCAAUGCAAAAGCAAUGACGUUGACCAGAAGGUCGAUGCCGUGACAAAACUGCAGGCAGAGUUCGAGUCGGGCAUAGAAAUCACUGAACCAGAACCAGUCAUCUCUGCUCUCAAAGCAUGUCUUCGUAUCUCAAAUCAACAUCUAACGACCGCCACUCUCUCUGCACUUCCUCCUCUACUUCCAUUGGUCGUUUCGCGCAACAAUGUUGUCCCAAACGCAAACGCGUACCCACUAUCAGCAUCGUCCUCCACGUCGUCCACUCACGGAGCGUCGCAUGACAUGAUGGUCCUCCGCCAGGUUAUGAACGCGUUCCUUCCCGCCCCUGGCGUUGUCGAGCGCCUCGGUGAUAGUCGCGAAAAGGCUCGUGAUAAGGCGCGUGAAACGCUGGUUAUCCUCGGUGGACUGGCUUUCAGGGCUGCAUCUGGUUCAAAGAUGAAGGAUACCAAGGGUUCAGAAACGCCACUUGCGAUAUUCGAGCGUUUCUUCAGAGACAGUGGCUUCGGAAGCAAGGUUGCCAGAGUUCGGGAACAAUCUCUACUGGUCCUCGUGCACAUCCGCCGAACUCACCAUCUUUUCCCUCUUCGACCAUACCUUUCACUACUAGUGGACACCCUGGAAGACACAGACGGCAGUGUUCGCUCAUGCGCAACGCCUUCCGUGAUUGAGCUCUUCACUGGGCCUGGCGUGACGGACGCUGCUCGCUCGGACCUCAAGAAGGAGUUGACUAAGAAGGGAGUACGCAAAGCGAUGGUGGACAACAUUCAGACACAGCUCAUGCAUUCCAGUCGUUCUGCUAGAGCAAGCACACCCCACAGCGAGAGUUCUGCGGGCAGUGGAGAGCCCAACGCAAAGAAGGAAUAUGCUGCGGCAUCUGGAGCUACGCCUGGUAUGACCAGGGCAGCAAGUCAAGGGAAUGUGAGGGAGAUUUCGAGACCAGCAAGUCGAGCGGCAGUUGCCUCUCCGCCCUUGUCACAACCUUCAAGUGAAGCCGCUAGUACGGUUGAACCUGCUUUUAUUGCAUCCAGUCGAGAUCUGGAAAACGAGUUUCUAGCAUUUGCAAAAUCAUUCGAGGGGAAGGAAACGGAACACAAUUGGGCUGCCCGCGAACGUGCCAUUCAGCGUGUCCGUGGGAUGCUCUCCGGAAACAUCCAUACCAGAUACCCUGACGUAUUCCUCCAAUGCCUGAAAGACGGAUUUAUGCAGUCCUCCCUGAAAACACUUGUCAGUUUGCGGACAACGCUUGCCAUUGCGUUGGGCCUAGGGAUCGACCCGUUCUGUGAAAUGUUGUACACGAAUUUGCUGCGAAUGGCGGGAUUUACCAAGAAAAUCGCAGCUCAACAGUCGCAGCAGUCCCUCUCAGUCAUAAUGCAACAAGCUUCACCACAUCCCCGGACACUUCUUACCCUCCUUUGGAACACUCUACAAGAAAAGACUGUGCAAUCUCGAACCUUCGUACACGGGACACGAGCGAGAUCGCAUAUAGAGUCGACGGGUGGUUUGGAGAUCCUCGAGAGGUCUUUGAAGAAGGCAUUGGCUGACCCCAAUGCGGCUGUUAGGGAAACGGCCCGCAGUGCGUUUUGGGUAUUCGACGGUGUCUGGCAUGACAGGGCAACUGUAAUUCUCGAGUCUCUUGACCUUUCAGCACGCAAACAGCUGGAGAAGGCAUGUCCAGACCCUGAAGUUAUUGCUAGCCUUCCUCAAACUGCACCAACUACCCCAAGUGCCAAGAAGAGCAGUGUUGCAGCCGCGAUUGCCGCCAGUCGUGCCAAGGCUAAAGCCAUUGCGACUGCGCCCCCUACCCUGAGACAUCAAGCGACGUCAUCAUCGCACGCCACACGCGCGACGUCACCUCCAGCAAGGAGAACUGUCUCGCCAAUAAGCCCAACGGUAAAAAUCUCGAAUGGGCACAGCUCGCCAUCGCCAGCUUCGAUGUCCUCACUGUCACCCCGUUCAUCUCUUGCUCCCCUAUCGCCAUCAAAAUCACGCAUUGUGGGUGGUACCCUGCCUCGUUCCGUCAGUUCUAGCGCGGUGUUGACGUCACAUUCCCGUUCCUCUACCGACUCCUCUUUGUCUUCCAGCUCGCCCGAAGCAAACCGACGCCGAGGAUCCUCUCCGCUUGUCCCACCCAUCUCUCCUAACCGUCCAUCUACCAUCCGUAAAAUUGUGCAACCGCCUCUUUCGAGUCCCUACCACGAAUCACCAACCCCUCGGCGUGCUGCACCUACUGUCCCCCAAGUUCCUGUCCCAGUUCGCCAGUCAACUGCAAUGCCCGAUAUUUAUAGCGAUGAGUCACUCUUACUGGCAACUGUUAUACCCAUACCCGACGACAGUGAAUCUGAGAUGGAUGAUGAGUCUGUCAACCUCAUGUCUUUCUCAACUCCCUACAAGGUAUAUCCUCCGGCACCCAGUCAACAACGCUCAUUCUCUCCCCGCUCGGAUCGUUCUACGCCUUACACCGCAUCUAAUGCAUUGUCGAAUGGGAAACCUUCCGAGACAGCGCCUAGCAAGCGCAGAGUGCUGCCUGAACGGUUGCUGGAGCUGAACGACCCUGACGGUGAGGAUAACCAGCAUUCCACAAUUCCUCCGUCGCUGCUACUUGGUAGCGGCUCUGCGACGCCAAAACCGAAAUCGCCAAAUGCGCCGACGAUAAUACGAAGCCUGGCGCCUCCUGUAACUCCUGACAACCGAAAUGCAGCUAUCUUCCGCCAGGCCGCGCUAUUCAAGAAUAGUCCUGCACACGUCAAAGUUGCAGACACUCUCGUAAAGCCAGUUCAGGACCAAGUGCAUGAGACUGGUUGGUGGUUGAAACGCAUGUCCACUCUUGAUCGUGCCACACCCCUCAAAGCAACUGCUGCUGAUGACAGAGUGCAAGAACUCAAUGACUAUAUUACCGCACUGGAGAGCGAUGAAACUGACAUUCGGAUUCUCCAGAAGUUGGCAAUGCUGUGCAGCAGCAAUCCCAUACCUUCAGACACGACAUCUCCCUUGAGUCCUGGACUGGGACUUCCUUCCAGUGUUUCCCCUUUCCUUGGCACCAGUCGCUCUCUUUUUCCAUUGAUCCCUGAUAUAUGGACGAAAGACAAGAGCUUUGAACGACUAUUCAAUGCUCUGAUCAAGUUCCUUGAGCCUUCAAGGGAUGCUGAGCAACUCGAAUACGGCCUCAUAGUUCUCUGGGAAUUACUGAGCAGUCAAGCACCAUUCGUGGAAGGUCGGGAAGCCGACAUAUUCGCGACUUUGCUUACUGUGCGGUAUUGUAAUGCCAUUGAUGUUCUCGAAGCGACUAAAACAAUACGCGAUGCCCUUGCAACACGUAUCGAACCCGUUUACGGUCUGACUACGAUGCACGGUAGUCUGCGAGCGUUUGUGGCCGAGCCUUCAUCAGAUGCAAGCGCCAAAGAUGCAUCGCACGCCUUUGGACUAAUCGCUGUGGGCAAAUUUGUCAUGCGUUUACCCGCUGAAGUACUUGAGGAGGAGCUGCCCCGCUUAAAAUCUACCUUGAUCGCAGCGCUCAACGACACCACUCUCGUCAUUCGCGAAGCCGCAUACGCAACUAUUAUUGCUGCGCAGCUCGUGCUCCGCGACGAGACCCAUCUCUUCGCAUUGCUCGACGGUCUCGAUGACAACAAGAAGAACCUGCUCACAUACUACUUUGACAAGCACGACGCCAGGGUCAUUGGCAUGGAUGGCAAUGGCGUUGGAAUGACGAAGCUGGAGGGUCAGAUGGGGAGGCUGGACAAACUGAUGAAUACACCGCAGAAAGGCCGUGCAUCAGAGUGA